AUGAAGACCCUCUACGCUCUCGGGGCUUUCGCCCUGUUCCACUCAGCUCACGCGCUUGAACGAGGAAGAUACAGCAUUGGCUCUGCAGCCCUCGCUCAGGACCAAGUUUUGACCGACGACAGCCAUGGUUUGAUUUUCUCUGACCAACAAAAUCGGGUGAGUCAGAUCUGGGAGUUCAUCCCAAAAGAUGAUGGCUAUUCAAAUAUUCGGAAUGAUCUUGGGGAGAACAUCAAUUGCGGCAACGACGAAGGUUCCGUUUGUUUUGUCGGAGAUGGGCUCCAAGGCUUCCUGCCCGAGUUCCAGGGCGGAAACAACUACGAGCUUGUCGCCCAGGGUUCUGGAAUCUUCUUGCAGGUCGACCAGAGUCAACAAUUAUACCUGGGUGCCUAUGACCAGAGCACAAAUGAGCAAUUUAUCUUGACUAGUGUUUAA